GAUCUCUGGCUUGUUUCGUCGGUGGCUGCAGCAGCAGCCGGCGUCGUCGGCGGUGGCUGUGGUAGAAGCGGCACGAGCGCUGCGCGCGUCGCAGGGGGUGCCUUCCUCUUCCCCACGACCCUUUCUUCUUUCUCACCGUGCCGCUUUGGAGUGACGCCGCGAUGUCGACUAGUCGCACACGUCGUCCGCCGUCUCCGGUCUGUGGACGUAGCGCCGACGCCAGUCGUGUGCCAGUUUGCUCUUGACUCGUUCACCACCUCUCUUCAGGCCAGCGGCUCGCUGAUCGUGCCUACGCUUCGCGUGUGCGCAGAGAGGAUUCCUACAACUGCCCCCGUCAGCAAGUUUCAGCACAAUUCUGGCAUGAACUUCUGCGUCAGUUGUCCAUCGGCUACGACGACGACAGUGACUCAGCCGUGGUUCAACGGCCCCGCCGCCUGACGUAGCAGCGGAAUCGUUCGUCGAGGCACGCCCCGCAUCGCGCACGCCCGCGGCCUCGAACCGAGGACUACGAGGCUGGGGCGCUCCUGCUCCGCGAACGCCGUGUUGUGUGUUGGCUAAUUUGCUCCUGUGGUGUGCGCGGAUCCCGCAUCGCGGGAGCCCCUCGUGCAAGGCGUCAAGAUUGCGUCCUAUCCUGCCUCCGUCGUGUCGGCCGCGUUCCCGUUCGCGGGAUUCGACUAUCGCUUUCCGUACGGAGCCCUGCCGCCGCCUGCGACGCCUAGGGACUCCGGUGCGCCGCAUGGCAUCCCGUUGUCCCUCUUGGACCGCGGUCACAUCGGCGACCUGGGUGCGCGGUCAUCUAUACCGCCGACCUCCGGCGGAGGGGGGCCCUCUCCGCUCCGUCCGGCGCCGCUCACGUCAGCACCUUCUUCGUCGUCGUCCUCUUCGUCGUCCGCCGACUCGCACGUCAAGCGUCCUAUGAACGCCUUCAUGGUGUGGUCGCGUGCCCAGAGACGCAAGAUCGCGCUGGAGAAUCCCAAGAUGCACAACUCGGAGAUCUCCAAGCGGCUGGGCACCGAGUGGAAGCACCUGUCCGAGUCUGACAAGCGGCCCUUCAUCGAGGAGGCCAAGCGACUCAGGGCACUGCACAUGAAGGAGCACCCGGACUAUAAGUACAAGCCGCGCCGGAAGCCCAAGAGCAUGCUGAAGAAGGACGCGCACCACCACAGGUUUCCUUUCGCCCUGCCCUACAUCCCGGGUCCGGGAGACUACCUCGGCCUGGCAGCGGGCCUGCCCCGGUCUCUCUUCCCACCGCAUCCGCGGAUCGCCAUUCCGUUUCCGCAGCACCCGGCCGCAGUCGCCUCGCUGCAACAGCAGCAGCCUUCGCCAUCUCCGUCGCCGUCGCAAGCGCGAUCCGCCUCUCCGAGGUCGUGCCACGCGGAAGAGAACAACAACCGGCCGUCAUCGUGCGAUGACGUUGUCAUCGGCUCCGGUGGACGCAAGCUGAGUUCUCCGUCCUCGCUGUUGGCGACCGCCUCCUCGUCGUCACCCCCGGCAUCCUCGGCGUCUACGACCCCGACGUCGGACCCUGCGGCGUCCCCCGCGUUCAAGGCGUUCCUGCCGCCCUCGUACGCGUCGCCGUAUUGCCCGACGUCGUCGUCGGCCGCUGCAGCCCAUGCUGCAGCAGCGUCUCUUUAUUCGGCAGCUGGACUGUCGUACCUGAUGCCGUGCGGCUGCGGCUCGCCGUACGCCGGAGGCGCGGCCGACCCUAACUGCCGGCAGCACCUGGGCCCCACGCCGCCAGUUUCGACGUCGUCGUCGCUGUUCGCGCUCAAUCCGUUCCUCAAGUCGGUCGAGUCCGGUCUGCCUCCGGGCUACGCGGGACACGCGGCCAUGGCUGCGGCAGCUGCCGCCGCAGCUGCAGCGGGCUCCCUGCUCGACGAUCCGCAGUCCAUGUCCACGGUUCCGUCGGCGGCCGCCCAUCUGUUCGGCCUCUAUUCGUCCCUGGCCAGGCCCAAACCGCACGACGCCCGGCUUGAGGUAGGCGCUUCUUCUCUCGAGCCCUCGUGAGGUGCGCGAAUAGCGUAACUGCUUAUCCGGAAACGCGGAUGAAAGAGAGGCUGUGAACAUUUUCAUCGAUCCCUUUGAGAACAAGCAUCGAUAUUAACUAUUGAUAGCUUGCACGUGACGUCAUCGAGCAACAACAUGGCUCCGACACGGCGGCUUAGAUGACGUCAAGGCAUUAUAAUCACGCGGCGAUUAACCUGCUUCAGUGUGAUAACGACUUCACUGGAACGUUACUGGGCCUCUGUGCAUGAAUAGCGACAGAACCAUCAUGCGAUGUACUGACAACACUAACGCGACAUCACAAAGCUCGCGUACCACCAUGUUGGUGCUCCAACGCGCCCGUUUCAUGACGUUAGUGCAAGCUAUCUUACACAGCUUACGCUGUCAAUGAGCUAUAUCAUGGACCAAGUGCGUGCGUUUUUAUGUCAUCGAUCGCGGCGCUCACAUGUGGGCGCAUGACUUCGAAAACUGCCUUCUUUGUUGUAGGGACAUUUUGUAUGAACUUGUAGCUCCCAUAGACGAACUGACUGUUGCAUCCACUCGGCCGUGCAUACAGAUGUCGCCACGCAAGUUGACCAUCAUCACAUUGUGUGCCCGCGACUUUAUAGAGCGGACAGUUGUGACAUGCGAUUUGUAUUGGUCCGAGCAGAUAGUGAACGGGCAUUAUGGCUGACUUCGAAUUUUAUUAUGAGCUACAGCUGUGAUAGGUCAUGAAGUCAUGUAGGAUUAUUUGUGCAUCUGUUAGCGUCAUAUAUGCGCAUUCGAAAAACAAACUAGAAAACGAAAAGACGUUUCUGCUCUCUUGGCUUUAUUGCUAGCAUAUACCAUAUGCACCUUUAAGAAUGGACUGAGGCAUACGUGCAACGUGGGCGAAGUUUGGUGCCUGUCACCUUCAUGAUGUUUAUUUUCGAGCAAGAUUUGAUUUUCGUAGGAGAACACGUGAUUGUUCUUGCUAUAGCUUUAUAGUAUUCUUCAAUUUGAGCUUUACUACAGGGCACCUGAUGAGACUGUUCGCAUAACUGCUUUGAGAGCUCCUGUCACUAGAGCUUUAUGAAGACGCCAUAAUACAGACUAGGUAUUAUUCUGCUUAACCUGAAAGCAAAAAGAAUGUUUUCUUUGCGAUGCCAACAAUUUGUUGUUUGUGCAAGACUGUUUAGAUGAAUAUAUUUUGUACACCGUUCGUGUUUGUAUGUAUACGCGUAUACGUACGUUCUGGUGUGCACGCGGUUAUCCUUCCUUUCGUUAUCAUCUGAUCUCGUUAUCAGUGUCAGCUUUGACGAAACCAAGUCACUUGCACGUGCCAAUAAUAUAUAAGUUGUUUUGAGAUCAUCAUAUAAUUUAUUGUACAUGGAACGUGGAUCGGCCAUGAAUGGGCUUUGUAUUUAUAAGCAUCGUGAGACAAGAAUAAAGGAAAUAAUUCUAGAUUUGUUCAUCCUCGGCGCUUUGGGAGCUUCAUUCUUUAGACACCCUGUCACCCAAUCACGUUCAAUCGUUUCUGGCUCGAUGCGAAUUGUACACAGCCAUAAACACUCGUCGUCAAAUGAGAGAGAGAUCACUGCUAAUGCUAUCGAAGGCCGUUAACCCUGGAUAAGAUAUCGAACAGGGACGAGAAGUCUAACUGGGAAUAAACAUUAAAGGCUAAUAAAAGUAUUGUACAUCAGUACAACCAUUGUAUUGUGCUUCACCUGUAUGACAACACAAUUUAAAAACUAUAGAGCUUAUUGUUUCAGACGAUUUUAGCGAUCGUCUACAUAGUGCACGGUGAUAUUUUAGAGACAGCAAAAAGAGCACUGGACUCUAACGUAUAUUUCGCGUCGUAUUUAUCGCUUUCACAAAUGACAAUUGAAAUCGAGCUCAUUGACUAUUGAUUAGGUUAGUUCAUUCAUCGAUAUGUUUGAACUUCCCAAACCAAAGCCGAUGGAUAUAAAGCAGAUGUACACUUUGACUGGAAGUUCAAGCAUAUUAGUUGCAUUUCACCGUGAACAACAGCUGCAA